AUGACUUUCCGUCGACAGGAUAGUUCCGAUUCGAAUUUUAGCCGUCAAGAUAGUGAUUUUGAUUUGGAUGAAAGAAAUCGUGAAACGUUGCGUCGUGAUGCGGAACGUUCCGCAGCGUUGCAACUUGAACGAGCUAAAUAUAAACCGGUAGCUUUUGCUGUUUGUACAAAUGUGGAAUUUGAUGGAACAUUGGACGAUGAUUCACCUGUACAUGGUUGUGCUGUAUCAUUUAAAGUUAAGGAUUUUCUACACAUCAAAGAGAAAUAUAAUGAUUAUUGGUGGAUAGGACGUUUGGUAAAGGAAGGACACGAUCUUGGAUUUAUUCCAUCACCAGUUAAACUUGAAAAUAAUAGACAACAAAAUGCAAAAGGAAUGAAAAUUAAAUCAUCGAGCAUACCAAAUUUAGCCAAUUUAGAUGAUAUGAUGCCACGAAGUGGUGGUUCACGUGGUUCAACUCCACCUACACCAGCAGAUGAAUUAGAUGAAGAUGAUGAUACGCAUGGUAAGAAAAUCAUUGAUUUAGUUUCAACACCUGCGCCUAUAAAAGAAAAGAGAAAAUUAAUGUUCAAAAAGCAAGAAAGUUUACCUCCCUAUGAUGUGGUACCAUCAAUGCGACCUGUUGUCAUUGUUGGACCAUCAUUAAAAGGUUAUGAGGUUACGGAUAUGAUGCAAAAAGCUGUUUUUGAUUAUCUCAAACAUCGAUUUGAGGGAAGAAUAAUAAUUACACGGGUCACCGCUGAUAUAUCAUUGGCAAAACGAACAUUGAUGAAUAAUCCAUCGAAACGUGCGACAAUGGAGAGAGCAAAUUCAAGAUCAAGCAAUAAUUUAGCUGAAAUUCAAGCAGAAAUAGAAAGGAUAUUUGAAUUAGCUCGAUCCAUGCAACUUGUCGUAUUAGAUUGCGACACAAUCAAUCAUCCGUCGCAACUAACCAAAACAUCGCUUGCACCGAUUCAUGUUUACAUCAAAAUUAGCUCACCCAAAGUUCUUCAAAGGCUUAUCAAAUCACGAAAUAAAUCACAAACGCGAAAUAUGAAUGUACAAAUGGUCGCAGCUGAAAAAUUAGCACAAUGUCCAGUGGAAAUGUUUGAUGUUUUGCUGGAUGAAAAUCAACUGGAAGAUGCAUGCGAGCAUUUAGCCGAUUAUAUGGAAUCAUAUUGGAGAGCAACACAUCCACCCGUUAAAUCACCACCCCGAAUAAAGCGUAAUCCAAUGGAAAAUCGCGGGCCUGCAACAUUGUUUUCGCCAUCACAAAUAAUGCAAGGAAUGGAACAACCAUUACCAAUAACACCAAUGGUUAACUCACCAAAUAUGAAUAUGCCACAAUCAGUCCGGCAAAGAAGUCCACAGCGUGUCCCUCCAACAUUUACCCUUUCAUCGAAUUCUGGAUAUUAUCAAGAACAAGCGCAAUCAUCAGUUCCGAUUCAAAAUAUGCCUAAAAGACCGAUAUUACAACGUAACGAUGCAAAUGGUUUCGAUGAUUACGAUGAUGAGGAAGAAUUUCAUCGUGAUUCUCUUAAAUAUUAUACAUAA